AUGAAGAUCUCUGCGACAUCCGUACAAGAGGUGGAUAGAACGAACGCGAUCAAGAUAGCAUCAUGGUCACUUAUGGGGAUCACCGUCGCUGUCUUCAUUGCGCGGCAGCUCAUGAAGGCGAUUGUUUUCCGAAGAGUUGCUCUCGAUGACCUAUUCAUUUUGUUCGCUACAGUGUUUGCGAUCGGUCUGUCAGUCACGACCAUCGUUCUCGCAUCUGAAGGCCUCGGUGUAUUUGGCUUUAUAACACUCGACCGCGCUGAUAUUCUGAUGAAAGGAUACUAUGCUUCAGAAUUUCUAUACAUCUCCGCUAUAUGCUUCGCAAAGCUAUCCCUUCUCGUUCUAUUCUACAAUAUCGUAGUGGUGCAGCGCUUGCAUCGACGAUUUGUGCUGGGCUUCGGCAUAUUCAUCUUCGUAUGGACCAUUAGCUCGCUGCUAGCAGUCGGGCUCCAAUGUGAACUUCCUCGACCGUGGGAGAUGAUGACUUUGCGAUGCUUCAACUCGCGCAUCUUCUGGAUCGUGUAUGGCAUAAUCGACGUGUCUACCGAGAUAUCUAUCAUCAUGCUAUCCGUUAACCUUGUUGCUUACCUUAAAGUGCGAUUAUCUCGCAAGGUUGCAGUCGUUACAUGCUUCGCACCCCGAGUACUCGUCAUUAGUACUGCACUCAUUCGCUUAGUCUGGCUGUACCCGAUCACACCACACAGUAAUCCUCAAUAUAGGCUUUGGCUACCCGCAAUCAUUACGCAGAUGCAAGUCUGCUUGAGUGUUUGCACAGCCGGCAUUCCCUACAUGGUACCAUUCUUCAAAAGCUUGGAAGGUAGCCUGCGGAGAACGUAUUCGACGAGGAGUCGAGACCUCCGAAUCGAGGACAGGUACAUACGUACGAGAUCAUCGCUCUGGUCACGCAGACAUAAAAAAGGAGAUGUUUUCAACUCCUGGGACUCAACGGCAGUCGCGAGUCUACAAUAUGAGCGAGUAGCACAAGUCUCGCCCCACAUCCCCACUCCAACGCCGAUGAGCCCGUUAACACCACCACGGCUCUAUACCCCGCCAAGUAGAUCACCAAGCGAGCUCGGCCUGAGUAUCAGCAUUCCAGAUUGCUAUGCUCAGCGACAGAGAACUAACGAAAUCGGAAGUCCCCAGACGGCCAGUUCAUUUGCAUUAUCCCCUACGUGUGUAUCGCCACAACCAUUACUAUCGCCGGCAUUCAUUCCAACAAGAAAAGCCCCCAUGCCACCGCCAAAGACCCAAAGCCCCAAUCCGUCCACAGCCAGCUCCAAUUAUUCAAGUGAUGAACCAACCCCAUCAAGCACACCACGAACACAACAGUUCUCUCUAUUCCCGUCUCAGCAAUCAAACUCUCGCUCACCACAGUCACAACACGGUGUGUUCGCCUCUCCGACGAUCCCACCCAUUCGAGCACUACGAUCGCAGACUAGAUCUAGCACUGUACAGCAUCCGAUCUAUCUAAGGCCAUAUAAUUCUGUAAACAGAACAUUAUAUCAGUCGCGUAAUGCGCAAGCACCCAAGUUCAGCACAGCAGCGCCGUUACAACAAUCUCCAUCGCCAGCAACAACAACUCGUAACAGACUACAAAAUCGACCGGACUCCGCCCAGGACCUAACCUCUCCGAUGGGUGCUGCCAUCAACAAUUACUUUAAGAGUGAUGUUCCGAACCAUCCGCUGCCUCCACCAGUGACACCUCCUUCGAGCUUGCAGCAACAGCGCAAUCAACAUAUUCUUUCGCCUUCAAACUCGUCUCGCAUGCCAAAGUCGCCGCCUAAUAAUACGACGCCACACGACGUUCUUCACGAUGAAUUGUUCCUUCCACGCGACUCGAUAUCCAUGACGAGGACUUCGAGAACUCAGACGAUGCCUUCAGUACGAGAUGUGCGGCACAGUCCUCGCAUCAUUGUUCGAAGUCCGGAGUUGUAA